AUGUCGACGUCCAUGCAUCUCUCGCAUCUCCGAAAAUGGUUCGUCGCUUCUCCCCCGGUCGAAUUCAUAAUCAACAGAGUACGAGAGCUGCUCCUCGGUGCCCUGAGACAGGGUCCCAUACCACAACAUAUUGCUUUUGUCAUGGACGGAAAUCGUCGGUUUGCAAAAACUCAUGGAAUAGAGACUAUUGAAGGACAUCAUCUUGGGUUUGAAGCUUUGGCUAGGAUCCUCGAGGUUUGCUACAAAAGCGGAGUGAAAGUUGUAACGAUCUACGCAUUCAGUAUCGAAAAUUUCAAUAGGUCGCAAUUCGAGGUGAAUGGACUCAUGGACAUGGCGAACGUGAAGCUUGCCCAGCUUGCUCAGCAUGGAGAUAUCCUGGACAGAUACGGAGCUAGUAUUCGAUUCCUCGGUCGCAAAGAUCUACUCAGACCCGACGUGGUUGCAGCGGUGGACCGAGCCGUCGAACUCACGAGUCGCAACGGAGAUAAAAUACUGAAUAUAUGUUGCCCUUACACCUCGAGAGAUGAAAUGACGCAGGCCAUACGGCAAACGGUGGUCGACUACAGCACACCUUUAGAGGCAACAAGGGUGAAUGGGGGACGAAAACCGUUCUCGGAAUCACACAUUGCAUCAAACAUCCGUGCACAAACCCUUCAAAAUAUGAAGGAUCAAGAUAGCAGCGCAGACUCGGACUCAGCAUCUGCCUUUUCACAGGAUGAAGACAACGGCUCACCCAUCGUCAACCAAGCCAACAGAGUAUAUGAUUCAUCCUCGUCCUUUUCAUCAUCUACUACUCUCCACCUCGGACAAACGGCCGGCAGUCCGGAUUAUCUAUCCUCGGAAUCCAUCACGUCUCAAACACUGACGGAUCGCAUGUAUACCGGAGGCAAUCCUCCUAUUGAUAUCCUUGUUCGAACCUCCGGUGUUGAGCGAUUGAGCGACUUUAUGCUCUGGCAAUGCCAUGAGGAUACUGAAAUAGCCUUCCUCGAUGUUCUCUGGCCGGAAUUCGACCUGUGGCAUUUCCUUCCUGUUCUUUGGAAGUGGCAGCGAAGAAUCACAAAAUCAUGGAAAGGCGAGAACGCUCUGGAUAAUGACGAAUGGAGCGGUGCGACGAACGCCAACAUUCCCGCUCCAGAAACCAAGACGCAAAUUGAGGCGUUUUAA